AUGAAGGUUAUCACGGAGGAAGAGAAAAACGCAGAAAACAAAGCUGUUUUAUUGGGUAGUGUCAAAGGUCUUGCUAUUGGUGCAAUGUGCUCUUUGGGAAUAUAUGCUGCUGCAAAGGCAAGAUUCAGACCUUUACUCAGAAUGUCUGCAUCGGCUAAAAGUGCCACCUUUGUGACUCCUCCUCUUUUCUUUGCGCUUGUCGAUGCCGAAAAAGAAAACAACAAAUUUGAUAAGGAAAUGUAUUCGCAUGAUGAAGAGGAGAGAGAAAAGAAAGUUCAGAGAAACGUGUGGAACUCAAUGUCUACUAAAGAACAAAUAAGGUCAACAUUGAGCAGCGGAAAGUAUAAAAUAAUAACUGGUAUUUGGGCAUUAUCUCUUUGGGGUUCUUGGAAGUUAGCCAACAGAGAUCAGCUACUAUCCAAGGCUCAGAGAUUCUAUAACGCUAGGAUGUAUGCCCAGUUUGUUACUAUACUUCUUCUAUUGGGAUCUAUUGGACUGUCUAUGAAAGAUGAACAGAAACAUAGAAACACUAUCGGAAGGGAUGAUUAUUUUUCAAGAAUCUUGAGUGCUGCUAAAUCAAGGGAGGCUGCUUUAUGA